AUGGAACUGUUAGAACUUUUAGACGACGUCGAGUUGGUAUGUGUCGCGCUCGCUGCUGACACAGUUGAGCGAAACCGUGUUCAUUGGGUCCACCCACUCAAUGCUCAGAGAAUAACUUUGGGUGAGUUUCACUGCUUAUACUCUGACUUGAGACAAUAUCCGGAUCGUUUUUUUAAUUACUAUCGUAUGUCGAUUAAAUCAUUUGACGAAUUGGUGAGUUUAUUGAGACCAUAUAUAUCUGAAACGAGCUCCACCUUCAGAGAAACUAUUGGCGUUGAAAGACGGCUGACAGUUACAUUAAGAUAUUUAGUUACCGGAUCUCGUUUUUCAUCUUUACAGCAUCAAUUUAAAAUGGGUAGAACUACUAUCAGUCAAAUAGUAAAAAAUACAUGUAUUCAAAUAUGGAAUGUUUUACAACCCAUUGAAAUGCCCACACCGACAAUCUCUAAAUGGAUAGAAAUUUCCAAAGUAUUUUUUGAAAAACAAAUUUCCCAAAUUGUAUUGGUGCAGUCGAUGGGAAGCAUAUACCUACGCAUAGUUUCUCCUCAACAUAGUGGCUCGAAUUAUUUUUGCUACAAAAAGUUUUUUUCAAUUGUCUUAAUGGUAGUUUUUGAUGCUAAUUAUUGUUUUACAAUUGUGGAUGUAGGGGCUUAUGGUCGUGAAGGAGAUACAAAUAUUUUUAAACAAUCUACUUUUGGAAAACAGCUCUACAACAAUUCGUUAAAAUUACCACCUUCGACUAACCUACCAAAUACUGAUGGCCCUGCAUUUCCCUAUGUAUUAAUUGGAGAUGAAGCUUUUGGAAUUCAUCAGCAUUUAUUAAGACCUUAUUCAAGCUGUGAUUUAAAUUAUUCUAAACGAAUUUUUAAUUAUAGACUUUGUAGAGCUAGAAGAAAUGUUGAGUGCCCUGAUUUUGUAAAUAUCAUAGUUCAAGCAGCUACAGUUCUCCAUAAUUAUAUACGACGGAGGGACGGAUUUGCGUUUGAAGACACUCUAAACUGUGAUAACAUGUUGGCUAUUGAACCACGAGGAACUGCAUCUAGAAGUUUAAUUGGACAACAGGUUAAGGAUCAAUUCGCCCAGUACUUUUUAAGUGAUGUUGGAAGUGUUCCGUGGCAAAAUAACAGGAUUUAA